CUACCAGUCAUUAUUAAAGCUUUAUUUGAAGACGUUUAACUUUUGAAAACAAUAAAUAUUACUACAAAACGGUCGAAACCGAGGUAUUUAAAUAAACAAAGACCUAGCGAUAAAUAUCAAUCUUUAAGUCAAAAUAACUAUAACCUCUAAAUUACUUGAAAACUCUUAACUCAAUAAUUUUAAUAAAAUACAUUUAAUGCAGGAUUAUUAUUUGGUUUGUAUAUCCGGAAAGUUUUUACAAAACCAGUGAUAUGGAUGACGAAAUUAAAGAAAAUAGGAGGAAUAAACCACAGCAAAAGUUUUACAAACCUGGUAGUGGGCCUCUAAGACGUUCAAGAUAUGGUUUGGACUGUAAAAUGGAUCCUAGCGACGUAAAUAAUAGUUCCAGAAGAUACAAUACGCUUUAUGGCUCUCACAACUCGGUCAGUGAUGAUUUAAGUGAUGCAUAUAGUGAAGGAUCAAUGACCAAUGUACGCCAAAAUCACAAGAAGUCUGAACAACUGUAUGCUUCUAAGCCCGAUCAUAUUUCAGAAAACAAUAAAUGUCCUACAAAGUUUGAUAAUUCUAGUCAGUUCAAUAGUAGAAGAUCAAGCACCACAAACAAACAAAACACAAAUACAGGGUAUUCUAGAGGCUCACCGAGGCAAGACAGGUCUUACAGAGAUUAUCAAAGCAGAAAUAGUAACAAUCCUAAUAGUGGUAGAAGCUUUAGACAAAAUUCUGAAACUAGAUCUGUAUCACCAAGUGUUCAUGAGCACAAUAUUACUGGGCGCAAUUAUGAUCGUGACAGUAGAAGUAUGGAGACAUCUUCUGGCCGUCACGUUCCUGCUUCUGGAGGUAAACCACCAUCUGGAAGAAGAAAUUCAGCAGGGUAUAUGUCUGAUACAUCAAGACCAAAGUAUAUGAUAAACUUAGAAAAUUUACCUCCAAGAUUACGAAAAAAAUUUCUUGAAUCAUCUGGUCAUCAUAGUUUUGAAAAUGUUGAUCAAAUUCGCAAGGAGCAGCAAACAUCAAACUAUUCUUUACAAUCUCAUAAUAAUGAUCCACUUCAUUACAAUACAAGCACAAGUUGGUCUCAAACUUUGCCAUCACGAGGUAGAGGGCGAUUGAAAGAUGCUGACAGUUUUGAUAGAGAAAAAUUUAUAAAUUCAUACUUGAGAAAUUAUGAAGUACGUACUUCACGACAAUCAACUCCAAGUAAUUCUUACUUGAACUUGUAUGAAUCUCCGCAGGAUCUUCAAGAUUAUAAAAACGAAAACCAUUAUAUGAUGACCAGUAGUAUCGAAAGUCAAAAUGAUUUCAUUAGUAAUGCUUCACAAAAUGGUACAAGCAAUGCAUCAGUUGAUGGUUCGAAUAUUCAUUAUGAGAAGUCAAAUCAUGAGGAAGAUAAUGAUUGUAACGGUCCAACUAUGUCACAAGUGACAAAGCAACUAGAUUUGACGAGUUUAGAUUGGACCGAGGAGGUAGAAAAGAAUAUAAAAUUAGAUGAUAUUUGUGACACAUCAAGUAGUUUUUCUGAACAACUGAAAAAGACAAAUAUUGAUGAAGUUAGAACAUCGGAACCAAAAGAGUCCAAAAGAAAAUCGAAGCGUAAAGACAAGAGGAGUUCCAGCAGGAGCAUGCGAAAUUCUGAUAAGAGAGAAAGGGCUAGAAAGGACAGUACUGCCAGCAUACACCAUGAACUAGAACAUUCCAGAAAAGACAGUAAUGUGAGCAUUCAUCAUGAAGCAGUACCGGCUUGUUUGAAGCGAAGGGAAAGAGAAAGACGAGACAGCCACAGAAGUAAUCGCUCAUCAAAUAUAGGAAAUAGCAGAGAUGAUCUGGACCGCUGGCGUUCUUUGCGUUCUUAUAGCAGAGAACAAAGUACUGAAGGGAGAAUCGUUUCUCAAUGUAACAGCCGAGAUACAUCAACAAACCGCGCUACGAGUCCUAGAGAUGGUGAUGGAUUCCGCGUACCAUGUGCUGUCAGCAAGUCGGCCGCCUGGUUAUCCUCUCAACGGAAGAAUAGCGUCCCCUGUAACACGCGUACAGGCAGCAGUGAGCGCGGCCGCCGGUCUCCGGGCGGCGGAGAGGGAGGGGCCGGGGAGGCGGGGGGCUCGCGACGUUCGCGCCGCCGUCUACAAAAACGUCACGCGCGGCACGCCGACCCGCCCGCUCCCCCUCCCGUCGCUUCCUCUUCUUCCGCCUCUACCAACUGGAGAGAGGAGAUAUUAGAGUCCAAGCGACACAAUACUCAUGAAAAGCACCCAGAACCGACAAACCAAAGGAACAGAAUCAACAGUGCUAAACCAGAUAAAUCGGAAUCGUCCACCUCUCAUCCUGGUCUAAUAAUGCUGCCUCAAAGCUCUAUAUCGAACCUUCAGAAAGAAUUAGGACGCGGAAAUACAGGAGAAAAUCAUAAAACAUUAUAUGACCAUCAGAAUCCGUCUAAACCGAUCAUAGUACAAACUAGUCCUUCAAAAGUAGACAUGCGUCUUGAAAGAUGUAUAAAAGAAUCUUCGGUGCGUGGAGCGAUGUCCUGCGACAACAGCGACGCGGCCCGCGGGGACCGGCACCGCGCGCUGCUGCAGGAGGUGGACCGCGCCGACGCGCUGCUGCAGGCGCACAUGCUCAGGGGGCCGGCCGCGCUCGCCGACCAUUGGACUGAUGUCAUCGAAACGAGAACAUUUUUGCAAAAUGCUCUUCAAAGACUGCUCAUGUCCGAUCUCAAAUACUGUCAGGCGGAUAACGUGGAGCAUCAGUUUUGGAAAAUUUUGUAUUAUAAUUUCAUUGAGGCCUUAAGAAAAAGUUUUCCUCAAGUAACGCCCGAGGUCAAGGCGAAAGUCGUUAAUUUGAUCAAUAUUAUAAUAGAGGAAGGGAAUACAUAUUUUGAAAAUUUAGUGCACACGUUAGAAAAAUGCUACAAGUUCAACAUUGAUGAUUACAUAAACGAUAAUCACGUUCUACCGCCGAAAGGGCUGGGUUACGUCGGACUGGCUCUAGUUUCAGUGCAAAAGUUAUAUGUUUUCCUUGGCGACCUGGCGCGGUACAAGGAACUCGUAAAUGAGACCAACAACUACGCCAAAAGUAAACUCUGGUACACCAAAGCGCAGCAAAUAAAUCCCAAGAACGGACGACCCUAUAACCAAUUGGCGAUCCUGGCGAUAUACUCAAGAAGAAAACUGGACGCCGUGUACUACUAUAUGAGAAGUUUGAUGUCAUCGAACCCUUUUCAAUCUGCCAGAGAGAGCUUAUUGUCACUUUUCGAUGAAAAUAGAAAAAAGUAUGAAGCGGCUGAACGUAAAAGGCGUGCAGCAAUAGAAAAAGCGAAAAGCAGCGGCACUGAAACUGUAGCCGGCACCGGAGGCGGCACCGGCGGCGACGGCGGGCGGCGCGAGGUGUGGCUGCGGCCCGGUGACGUCACCGCCACUCCGCGACAACCUGUCAUCGACGAGCAACUGUCCACGAUGACUUCUGUUGAGUUGAACAAGAGCUUUAUAACGAGCUAUUUACAUGUUCACGGGAAAUUAAUAACAAAAAUAGGAAUGGAAACCUUUCACGAAAGUGCCGGCCUCAUGUUGCGGCAGUUCCGCACGCUGUUGCACCGACAGCCCCUGCCGAUGCCGGCCGCCAGACUCCUUCAGUUGACCGCACUCAACAUGUUUGCAGUUGAGACGACCGGUUCCACAUAUAAAGGCUGUUCCGGUGCAGAGAGACCAGCCUGGUUGGAGUGCGCUCUCGGCGUAUCCUUGCUCAUGUUCGGAGCGCUCGUGGAAAGAUGCUGUGCGUUAUUGCCGGAACCAACUCACACCCAGCACCACGCUGAUGCCCUGCAGCUAUUACCCUCGAUAAAGGUGUGGUCCGACUGGAUGCUGUGUCACAGUAGUGUCUGGAACCCACCGCCUUCCUUCACCAAUUUCAACGUAGAACUCGAAAGCGACUCAUGGGAUUGGUUAGCGAAACUCAUGAACAUACUCGAAAUAUUAGACGAUAAAACGAUAAAAUUGGAAAACGAAAUCAAAGAAGGCUACGUCUGCAUCCGUUUGGCGGAGGACGCGUCGUUGGGCGGGUUCACUCCGCUCAUGUACAUGGAGCCGGACAAGGCGUGGGUGCCCCCGGAUCCGUCCGCGCACAAUCACGCCGCGGAACACGUACUGAGGAUCAGGAAGCUGCUCUUCUUCGGGACCGAGUAUCUGGUCGGUGUGGAGCCUCCGGUGCUGCGCUUGGAGUACCCCACUGACGCCCCGCCGCGGUACGUCAGCGCAGUGCAGAAAACUAAACCACAACACCAGCCGCUGCAACUCUUG